CGAAGGAGGACAACAUGGCGACGGCAGGUGUCGCGGCGGGUGUUGGAGGUGUCAAUGAGCCGUUCGAUCUCAUGCGUCUUUCGCUGGCCGAGCGGGUCUUCGUCAAGCUUCGUGGCGACCGCGAGCUGAGGGGAACGCUGCAUGCAUACGACGGCCACAUGAAUCUCAUCAUGAGCGACGUCGAGGAGACCAUCUACGUCGUCAUCGAUGAAGAUGAGGCUGGCCCAGAUGCAUCCGCAGGGAAAGUAAAGACCAUCAAGAAGCAGAGCGAGAUGCUCUUCGUGCGCGGGGACGGCGUCAUUCUCGUCUCACCGCCAUCAAGAGCGUAGUAAAAGAUGGCCGAGAUGUACAGUAGACGGAGCAAAGGCAAAUGACCAGAGGACACGCCGAGGUGGUGUCAAUGGUAAAGCAUUGUGACUAAGUUACAUGCCUACAAAGGGAAGGGACAAAGGAAGAAGGAAGGAACGGCCUUUGGGAGGAAGCAUCACAGGAAUCAUUACACAACCCGAUAGAUCCUGUCGUCGGUGACGUUCCAAAUGAAGCCACGGACGAUGGACUUUUCCAGUAAGGGGUGGUUCUGGACCGUUUUGACAUCUUCCUUCAACGAUUCCUCGAGCGACUAGGACGGGGAAAAUGAGCGUCUCAUUGAACAGCAGUACAGAGGGG